GCCGCCGCUCCUCGGUGCGCUCGAGGCGGAGGGCGUGGCCGCGGUGGUGACGUCCCGUGUUUAUGUCGGAGCGGAGCCGCAGCCGUCAACAACCGGACAGACCUUCAAAACCGUGGAGCGCAAACGUGAGCCAUAGUGUCACCUGCCCGGGUGCCAUGGUCCUCUGUCACACAUGAGCUCUACUAUGUGGUACAUCAUGCAAAGCAUUCAGAGUAAAUACUCCCUGUCUGAGCGGCUCAUCCGCACCAUCGCAGCCAUCCGCUCUUUCCCACACGACAAUGUGGAGGAUCUGAUCCGGAAGGGAGCUGAUGUGAACCGGAUGCAUGGCACUCUCAAACCCCUGCACUGCGCCUGCAUGGUGGCCGAUGCCGACUGUGUGGAGCUCCUGCUGGAGAAGGGUGCAGAGGUGAACGCCUUGGAUGGCUAUAACCGCACAGCACUGCACUAUGCAGCCGAGAAGGACGAGAGCUGUGUGGAGCUGCUGCUGGAGUACGGGGCCCAGCCAAACGCUUUGGACGGCAACAAGGACACUCCUCUUCACUGGGCCGCCUUCAAAGACAACCCGGAGUGUGUGAGGGCCCUGCUGGAGAGCGGGGCUUGUCCCAAUGCCCGGGACUACAACAAUGACACGCCUCUGAGCUGGGCGGCCAUGAAGGGCAACCUGGAGAGCGUCAAAGUGCUGCUGGACUAUGGAGCCCAGGUCCACGUGACCAACCUGAAGGGCCAGACGCCCAUCUCCCGGCUGGUGGCCCUGUUGGCGCGGGGCCUGGGCACCGAGCAGGAGGAGGAGUGCCUGGAUCUGCUGUGCCGAGCGGCGGGGAGGUUCGAGAUCCGCCGGGCUGACGGCACCCUCCCCAGGGAGCUGAGUAAAGAUCCCCAGCUGCUGGCGCGGCUAACCAACAUGGUGGCCCAGGCUCCCACGCUGCGCUCUCUGGCGCGAUGCGCCGUCCGGCAGAGCCUCGGAGUGCAGUUCCUCCCCACCGCUGUGAAAGAGCUGCCUUUACCAGAGACGAUUAAAGACUACCUUCUGCUGAGAGACUGAUGACAGAAACAUUUUGACUUUCUCAGACGUCACCAGCUGAUUAUUAGACAGCCCAUCACACCACAUUCAUCUUAAAAGAACCACUCAGUUAUGGGAAAGUCUCCAAGAGAGGCACAUGGAAAUGGUCUGUGAGUGAAAUGAUCCAGUCAUUGUGUAACAUCUGAAGGAGUCCUGUUGGAAGUAGAGAAUGAUGCGAUUGCUCUUUGUGAUUGUCUGCAGCAGGACGUUAUCCUCAGCCCGCCUCGCAGACCAGCAGAUCUGAUUUGUCUUCAUCAUAGGAACGAACAGAGAUGAGACGGCUGUGUCCAGCCAUCCAGCGCAGCCACUUUUCAUGUGUAUUAUCUGGUUUUCAUUCGCUUUAAUCACAGUUAAUGUGUCUUUGAAUUAUAUCAUGUAAGCAAUGAGUUGUUAGUUUGCCCACAGAGGACUUAGUGCUUCUCUGUUCCAUUAGAGCAAAACACAGCGUUUAUAAAUUUAGUGUUAACGUUCGUUGUAUGAAGCUGUUCAGUAGUUUUGUCAGAGGAAACAGGUCCUGACGCAAUGUUGAGGCACAAAUGUGUAAAAAUAGCUCAUGUGAUAGAGCUGUUUGUUUAGAAGCAACAGGGAGUUUAUAAAUAUUAACAUUUGGCUCACUUUUUUCUUUUACACAUGAAACUCCUCAAACUCUUAAUUUUAUGGGAAAUGCUGAUGAGCGUCAUGUCGACACAUCUGUCAGCAUGUUGGGUUUAGUGUUUCUUAUUAUUUGAGGUGCAGUUCUAGUUGCCAAGAAGGAAUAAGUUGUUUUUUUCUUUUUAUAUACGUACAUAAUUAUUAGUAUUAUUAGGACUUCUUGAUGUUUCCAGUCUUAACUUGGAAUCUUUACGACUUCAAGGGUGCUCACUGGUCCAACAUUUUGCAGGUUAUGUUUGGCUUCAUGAUAAAGUCUAAAUGUUAGAAGUGUGAAAUGACACAGCGUUUCAGUUUUUCUCUGAGAAAGAUCCACUAAACUUGUAUAAUAUGAGGUGGUUUGUGUAAAAUCAGACCAUUUCUGCGCUUGAUUUCUGUUUGCCUGUUUUGCAGCUGUGUUUAAAAAAAAAAAAAGAAGAAAAGAUUCAGCUGACUUCUGAGAUCAUGUCUUGUGUUUUUCUUUGUGAAGACACUGCAAGUAAAUGCUUUCAUUUUUCAAUCAUUUUUGUUACUUUCUUUUAUGCUGAAAAAGAUGUUAACUAAGACAUACAGGAACUGUGUGUUUUAGCUGGAUUUAAUAAAUCUUACAGUCACAUUGUUCACAUUAUCAGAGUUUGUUAGCUCUCUUUACAAUGCAAAUGCAUGUACACUUGUAGGAAAACCAUGAGUGCAUCUAAAAACAACUCAUGGUUUCAAAACCAAAAUCAGCCAUAAUUAAUUCUUUAUAACUGCACUUAACACGUUCUACUAAACCUGUUACCGCCACAUAAAAAAUGAUCAAUAUGGAUAAUUCAGAGUCACAGAUUCACCUCAAAUGCAUGCUUUUGCACUGUGGGAGGAGCACAGAUUACCUUUAGACAACAAACACAAGCACAGGCAAGAGCGCCAUUACCUACCUACACCAGUGUGCAGUGUUGCAACAAUAACGUCUGAUGCACAUUUACUCCAAUGCAAGCAAGCCUCCUUUUUUAUGUAUUGGUUGAUGUGAGAUUAAAGGUGUGUACUUUAUAAUUUUACCUGACGUCCUUCCAUUGAAUUGAUCUGAAUAUUGAUUGACAUGAAAGAAUAAACCCAGUGUGAUAGAACUGUCAUAGAGAGUUUAUUCACACUUUAAAGAAUUAAUUGUUGAGGCAUAAAAUGCACCACGAGAAUAAAGAUUUUGAACAUU